AUGUCGAAUCAUCCAAACUGGCACGAUCAACAGCCUCAGUAUCCGGCACCGCCGCCUCAGCAGCGUCAUCACUCCAACAUGGAUCCCUACGCCGGUCCCUCACCUUCCUCCCAGCAGCCUCCUCCCUAUUCCAACGUGCCGCAUUCGAGCAACUACCCGCAAGCCCACCUCCCGCCUCCCGUAGGCCGUCAUCCGUCCCAGCAGCAAUGGCCCUCCUCGAGUGCAUCGCAGGAAUUUGGUGGUCCAAGCCCGAGCAAUUCCAAUCCGCGUUCCUCCGGCUCAUACCCUUCUGCUUUCGACAUGCAGUCCGCCAACAUGGGCAGCUCCAACAGUCCCUUGCGACAACACGGCAAUCACUCCUCCCCAUACGCCUCUCAGUCAAGCUAUCCUCCGCCUCCAUCUCACGCCUCUUCUGAUCCGCAGAUGCAUCCAGGCCCAAGAGCUGGCGGCCCGCCUCAGUACGACUACCCGCCUAACCACGCACCGCCAGGUGCAGGCUACCCGCACCCCCACCAGCCCCCCCAACAGCAGCAACCGCUUCCACCGCCGCCUCAACAUCACUCUCAUCCCUCUCAGCAGCAUUGGAACAAUGCGCCCGUUCACCUGCCCUCGGUGCUUCAGCCUCAAUCUCUCGCUCCAUCCUCGGGUCCUGGACACGUUCGCGGCCCGGCUGGUGCUGCUCCUCCCGCUCACGUACUGGAUCGUCCCUUCGGUGGCUCCUUCCCCAAGCAGGAGGACGAUCUGGACGAUGACGAUGAUUACGACGGCAAGGGGAAAGGCCGCGCGGGUGAUGGCAGUCAGACUGCCAACAAGGGCACGAGCGACUUUGUCAAAAAGCUCUUCAGCAUGCUCGACGACAAGGCCUAUGAAAGCGUCGUUGCUUGGUCCCCCUCUGGUGAAAGCUUCAUCGUCAAAGACAUGAACGAUUUCACAAAGCACGUCCUUCCCCGCAACUUUCGCCAUUCCAAUUUCGCCAGUUUCGUCCGUCAGCUCAACAAGUACGACUUCCACAAGGUCAAGAACCCCGAGGAUGGCUCAGGUACUGUCGGCGAGCAUGUUUGGGAGUUCCAGCAUCCUGACUUUGUGCGUGGCCGCGAGGAUCUACUCGAAAACGUAAAGCGCAAGAUCCCUGCAAAGAAGAAGCCAAAUCUCAAAGGUGGCCUGCUCGAUGCAGAUCGCGACGAGAGCCCAUCGGCACCGCUGCCCACCGUCGAUGUCCACGACAGGCCUGGAGAAUCGUAUGCCGAUCUCAAGGCGCAGGUGGCUCACCUGACAGUUGUGCAGGAUCAGAUGCAGAAUCACGUCCUCGCGCUCACAAAGCAGUACCAGGGCGUCAUUGGCGAGAUGCUUACAUUCCAGCGCAACAUGGUGCAGCAGGACCAGCUCAUGCAGAAUCUCAUCCAGUACCUCAUGAAUUUAGAGCAGGACCGACGCGUCGAUACCAGCCUCGUCGACCAGCCCUCGGCUUCGGCCUUCUUGUCCCAGUCCGGUGCCGGUGGCAGCCACGCUGCUUCCAAUGGCGGCCCCUUCCUGCCUCCAGGCGCGCAGGGCUCGUAUGGCAUGGCACGCCUAAACGACAUGUCACAGAGGCCGCCCGUCGACCCGUCUAACAACAACGGCAAUAGCAGCAGCAGCCUCAAAGCAGCUAUCACAGGAGGCUCGCACUCGAUAGGCUCGUCCGGUCCAUCAGCCGACACUAACAGCAGCACCACCAACGCCGGCUCCUCGUCACGAAUGUCUGGCAUGACCACCGCAACAUCUACCGUGGCGCCCUUGUCGCCAAAGAGCGUUGCUUCGCCGCUCGAUGGCAACACUGGAAAGACGCCAGAGAUGUCGCAGACGCUCAAUAACCCCUUGGCACCCAUGCUGAUGCAACCUCCUCAUCUGGAUGAAUCGGGCAGGCGCAAUUCGAAUCUCUCGUCGCUUCGCAUGUACCAUGGCGGGGCAGACGUCAACAAUGGGCCGGGUGGCGGUGUUGGUGGCAGCAGCAGCAGCAGCAGCAGCAGCAGCAGCAGCAACGUCAUGCCCAAACUCGAACCCCGCACCACGUCGUACGACAGCAGCAGGGGCAGAGACACGCCAUCGCAGUCGGCGUCCGCUUCUGCCGAGGCCAACAGGAUCUCGAGCCUCCCCGGUGGAAGCGACAGUGCAUCAGGUAGCAACAAUGGCUCGAAUAAACUGCUACGUUCGCGUAGACCUACGCUUGUUCCCGGCUGGGCCGUGCCUCCGCGCGUGCUGUUGGUAGACGACGACGAGGUGUGUCGUCGACUGUCGUCCAAAUUCUUGCAAGUGUUUGGAUGCUCGAUCGACUAUGCCAGUGACGGCAUGACGGCUGUCAACAAGAUGAACCACGAAAAGUACGACUUGGUGUUGAUGGACAUUGUCAUGCCCAACCUCGACGGUAUGUCGGCCACCUCGCUGAUCCGACAGUUUGAUCCUAGCACGCCCAUCAUCAGUAUGACAAGCAACUCCGGCCCAAGCGAGCUGAUCAACUACAUGUCGAGCGGUAUGACCGAUAUCCUGCCCAAGCCGUUUACCAAGGAGGGAUUGCUCAACAUGCUCGAGAAGCACUUGCUGCAUUUGAAGGCGGCGCAGCGUGAGCACCGCGCAGCGUCGACGGAUCAGGGUGGUGCUGGCGGGGCGGCUCACAUGGCUACAUCUGGCAGCGCCGGCACGGGGAGUGGCGGUGGUGGAACCAAGGGCGGCGUCUCGCCUCUUGACAACCCGAAUCACAUUGGAACGGGCGUCACGCCGAGCAACGGCGACCUCACCGGCACCGAGAGCGACAGCGAUGGUGUCAACCCAUUGGCGGGAAUGGGCUUCACAGACGAAGAGUAUGUUGCCAUGCUCCAGAACCUCAUCGCUGCGGGCACGGGCGACGACGAGCUGGCGAGCGCGCUGUUUGUGAAUGAUUCGUUCGCUUCCAAGGACAAUACGCCGCGCAGUGGCGAUCUCGGACCGCAUAAUGGGAGCAAUGGGAAUGCGAGGAAUAGCCCCUACGCCGCGUCCUCGAUGACGCCUUCUGGCGGGACGGCGUUGAAGAGGACGGCGUCUAGUACCGAGGAUGCUUCGGAUGUGCCUGCGGGCAUGAGGGGGUUGCAUCAGCAGCACCAGCUGCAGGGGCAGCACGGUGUUGGGGUUGAGACGAACAAGCGCGGCCGGUUCGGUGAAAUUUCGUAG